AUGGCGCUGCGCCCUCUCGCGGAGAUGCCCAGCCGUCACAGGGCCGCGCCUGACAGCGACGCCUCCGCGCCCGGUGCGUGCCAGGAGACGUCGCAGCCGCCGCCUGCGUCGCCACUUCCUUCUCCCGCCUCUGCGGCUGCAGCGUCGAGCGCCGAUGCCUCGUCGUCGCCGCGCGCGGGUGCGCCGUGCGCGGACGCGGAGGUGCCUUCAGCCGCAGGCCCUUCGAGAAACGAAGAAGAGGAGACCGGGGGAGAGCUCUGCGCGUAUGACGAUGAGAAGAAGGCGGGGCGGCGGCGGCCGCGAGGCGACGCUGGACUAGCGGGGGAGGAGGGCUCCAAGAGUCCGAAGAAGAAGAAAAACUUGCCGCAGAGCUCGGAUGAAGAGGGCCUCUCCGCCGAGCGUUCCGCGGACGCCGGCGCAGAAGAAGGCCGACGAGAGACCCGCCUCGGAGAAGAAACGGCACCGCACACACAGGCCCCUGAGGAGGACGAUUCGCAGAGUUCCACUGGCGCGUGUGCGUCGCAGUCAGCGGGGGCCCUGGGACGCGACGGAGAACAUUGCGAGGCAAGGCUGGGCGCAGCGCCCAACGCAGUCACCAGCCCGUCUCAAGAGGCGGCGCGACGAGAGAGACAAACGACGCGAAAGACAGGGGGACACGACGAGAGAGACAAACGACGCGAGACAGGGGGACACGUGGCGUCGCCGCCGAGCGCGGCCGCCUCGCCGCCCUCAGCGUCUGCGACCCUCACGUCGCCUCGCCCGACUUCGCCUCGUCCGACGUCUCCCGUGUUGCUGCCUUCGUCUCCGCGUUCAUCGUGUCUGUCGUCGCUUGCCUCGGCGCUCGCGGCCUCGCUGUCUCUUUCCGACGCGCAUGCUUCUGCGCCGGGCGAGGUUGCGGCAGCGGCGCUCCCUGCUCUGCUGCCGCACGCCGAGGACGUGCGCCGAAUGCUGCUGCUGAAGGCUCAGGCGUCGUCGCUUUCUGUCUCCUCGCCGCUGCUGCCCCCGCGGGUGGCGCGGCUGCGCAGCCCGCCGCUCCGCGCCUCCGCUCGGCGCGACGCCUCCGACGACCCGAGGUACGCGCGCGGAUCGACUGCGCCGUUCGCCGCCUCCUCGUCGUUUUCGACGCUUCCGCCGAGGUGUCUGGAUGUGCCUUUGGGGCGUGAAGCGCCAGAGGCGUGUUCGCUGCCUCUCGCGGCCUCCAGCGUGCCCUCUUCCGCUGCGCCCGCGUCCGCCGCUGGGGGCGUGAGCGUGCUGUCGGAUCGCGACGUCGCGCGCCUGCUGAGUCGCCGCUUGCGAAUCACGACGCGCGCGCAAAGGAAGUCUUCUCUCGUGGCGAACAGUCACCACGCCGCAUGCUGUGCACCUGCGCGAGCGGCUGCCGGUCACGGCGGCGCGGGGGUGCGCGGUGCAGAGGCGGAGCUCGGGCGGUUCGCGGACGGGUUGCCGCAGAUGAACAGCACCGAGCGCGUGGCGUCGUCCUUUCUCGCGUGGAGCGCUGCCGCGCGCUCAACGACGACGGCUCUAGAUGUUUCUGGUGGCGAGCUGCUGCGCCGCGGAAGGAAGCGGAAGCGAGCCGCGGCGCUGCUCGACAAACUCCAGAUCCUCAGGUGUCUGAACUGCGGAGAAGUCGCGCGCGGCGGCUACAAGUUCGGCGACUACGUGAUCUGCUGCUGCUGCGGCGAAAACAACUUCGCCGUCGUCCGCGAGUGGAGCCCCGGCGGCGAAGCGACCACGGUCGGAGGCGACCGGGGACAGGCCGGCGCCCCGGCGACAGGGGUCGGCGGUGGCGCCGUGAGCGGCCGCCGCGGCAGCAAGCGCGAGAUCGGGAUCGACAGCCGAGGCGAAGAAGAAAUGGAGAUGAGCAGGAAGAUCCUCGAGAGCGAGGACAGCUCAGAGGACGAAGCGGCCGGCGCGGCUUCGGUUUUCCACUAUUAG